AUGUCGUCGACCCAUGCCCCGCUAACCCUCCGAGCGCCGCUGGACCGUUCCCCCGCGCCUUCUCCACGCGCAUCUCUCCUUCCCGCUAGCCGCUCCGCCAAGUCACCACCCGCCGCCUUCGUGCGACUUAGCUCGCGACAAUUAACUGGGGCGGGUCGCACGUUAUCGCACCCCUGCGAUCGCACAGUCGCACGCAGGGUUUUGGGCGCCCGUGCCACUGCCGCGCGCGCGGAAGCCUCCGCCCAUGCCGUGGAGAGCAGAGCGGGCGAUAGCGGCCCCGCGGAGGGCGAGGGGGAGCCCGAGUACGACGCGGUGGUGAUCGGCGCGGGGAUGGGCGGGCUGGUGGCGGCGACGCAGAUGGCGGUGCGCGGCAUGCGCGUGCUGCUGCUGGAGAAGUACGUCAUCCCGGGCGGCAGCUCCGGGUGGUACGAGCGCGACGGGUACACGUUCGACGUGGGAUCGUCCGUCAUGUUCGGCUUCGGUGAUAAGGGCAACGUGAAUCUGGUGACGCGUGCGCUGGCAGCGGUGGGGCGCAAGCUGUCGCUGCUGGAGGACCCCGUGGCCGUGCACUACCACAUGCCCAAUGGGCUCAGUGUGCAGGUGCACCGCAGCUACGAGCAGUUUCUGGAGGAGCUGAUUGUGCGCUUCCCGCAUGAGAAGGACGGCAUUCGCAAGUUCUACGACGAGUGCUGGACUGUGUUCAACGCGCUGAACGCGUUGGAGCUGCAGUCCUUGGAGGAGCCGCUCUACCUGCUGGGCCAGUUCUUCCGCAACCCCCUAGCCUGCCUCACCCUCGCAUACUACCUACCACAGAACGCGGGCGACAUAGCGCGCAAGUACAUCAGCGAUUCCGACCUGCUUGCCUUUAUUGAUGCCGAGUGCUUCAUAGUGAGCACAGUGAAUGCGGCCAACACGCCCAUGAUCAACGCUGCCAUGGUGCUGUGCGACCGGCACUACGGCGGCAUCAACUACCCACAAGGCGGCGUGGGACGCAUCGCACAGGAGCUGGUGGCGGGGCUGCUGGAGCGCGGGGGGGAGGUGUGGUACAAGGCCAAUGUCACUCAGCUGCUCUUUGACCAGCACGGCCGCGCCGCGGGCGUGAAGCUAAGUGAUGGGCGCACAGUGAGGGCCAAGACCGUUGUCUCCAACGCCACCCGAUGGGACACCUUCGGCAAGCUGGUGGGGGAGGAGCGCAUGCCGGAGGAGGAGAGGCAGUUCCAGCAGCGCUACCGCCAGGCGCCCUCCUUCCUCUCCAUGCACCUCGGCGUCAGGGCUGACGCGCUGCCGCCUGGCACUGAGUGCCACCACCUGGUGCUGGAGAGUGAGUGGGAGCGCAUGGAGGAGCCGUAUGAAAGCAUCUUCCUCAGCAUCCCCACUGUGCUGGACCCAUCGCUGGCGCCCGCUGGGCGGCACAUUCUGCACGUCUUCACCACCGCGUGGAUGCACGACUGGCAGGGCAUGAGCACGGAGGAGUACAAUGCCAAGAAGCAGCAGGUGGCGUCGCAGAUCAUCGCCCGCCUCGAAAAGACCCUCUUCCCCGGCCUCUCCGAUGCCAUCGAGCUCAUGGACGUGGGCACGCCGCGCACGCACCGGCGCUUCUUGAACCGGGUGGACGGCACGUACGGCCCCAUCCCGGCGCGCCGCCCGCUGGGGCUGCUUGGCAUGCCCUUCAACACCACGCAAGUGCCGGGGCUGUACUGUGUGGGCGACAGCUGCUUCCCCGGCCAGGGAGUCAUCGCAGUGGCCUUCUCCGGCAUCAUGUGCGCCCACCGAGUCGCUGCUGACCUUGGCUAUGAAAAGCGUAAUGAGGCACUGGAUACUGGACUUUCUAAGUUGCUUGCAUGGUUCCGCACCCUUGCAUAA